UAUCCAUGUGUAUCCAUAACUUUCUCACACAUUACACUAACCCGUCCAUGGUCUCCGCUCUCGCUCUCUCUGGAGUUUGCCUUAUUAUUAUUAUUCAGGAGGGAUUGGAUUUGCAGUGAUAAAUUGCUUAGGGUUUCAAGUGGAGCUAAGAGGGUGAAAAGUGUUUGAUAUUUGCACUCUUCAUCUUUGUACGUAAAUGACAAUAAGUUUGACUGGAUUCUCUAAGUUUCCGGCGAGUCUAGUGAUUUCCCGGCCAACAUUGCCGCCUUUUCUUACCGAUACACGCUCUUCGCCGUCGCCGGAAUCGGGCUUUAUUCCAGUUCUGACCCAGUUCCCCCAAAGAGUGCACGAAGAAUGGAUCAAAUGGACUCGCUUAACCCCGCUAACAAGAUCGCCCGGAAGGCAGGAGAAGAGAACAAUAACAUCAGAUCAGAACCUGUAGAUGCAUACUACCAAAAUGAACAGAACAAGAGCGGCUCGUGUAGUGUUGGGGACGGCAUUAAGAGAAAGAACAAGGGAGGCUGGAAAUUGGCAAUGCUCUUGUUGGUAAACCAAGGCCUUGCAACAUUAGCCUUUUUCGGUGUUGGUGUGAACUUGGUGUUGUUCUUAACCAGAGUCCUAGGGCAAGACAAUGCCACCGCAGCCAAUAACGUCAGCUUAUGGACUGGAACUGUCUAUUUAUGCUCACUUGUGGGAGCAUUUCUCAGCGAUUCCUACUGGGGCCGUUACUUGACUUGUACCAUUUUUCAAUUAAUCUUUGUGUUGGGUUUAGUUCUAGUGUCGCUGUCAUCUUGGCUUUUCUUGAUCAAACCUGAAGGUUGUGGAGAUGGACAACAACCUUGCACACCCACUUCUUCAAUCGGCAUUGUUAUAUUCUAUGUAGCCAUCUACUUAGCGGCCUUUGGAUAUGGGGGUCAUCAACCCACCUUAGCUACCUUCGGAUCAGACCAAUUUGAUGACACAAAUCCUAAACAAAAGAGUUCCAAAGCAGCUUUCUUCUGCUACUUCUACUUUGCACUCAAUGUGGGGUCUCUCUUCUCCAACACCAUUUUGGUCUAUUACGAGGAUACCGGUAAAUGGACACUUGGGUUCUGGGUAUCCACUGCAUCUGCUGUGAUAGCUCUGGGGUCAUUUCUGUUGGGAACACCAGGUUAUCGAUAUAUUAAGCCAUGUGGCAACCCUUUGCCACGUGUUGCUCAAGUAUUUGUUGCUGCAGCUAGGAAAUGGAAUGCAGUUCCGGCUGAUGAGAAUGAGUUAUAUGAGGUGGAAGGUUCGGAGUCUGUAAUCAAAGGAAGUAGGAAGAUUCUUCAUAGCAACGAAUUCAUGUGUUUGGACAAGGCCGCAACCUUGACAGAGAAAGAUCAGCAGGGCCCAAUGAACCCCUGGAGAGUCUGCACAGUCACUCAAGUUGAAGAAGCCAAAUGCAUUUUAAGAAUGCUACCCAUUUGGCUGUGCACAAUCAUAUACUCCGUUGUAUUCACCCAAAUGGCUUCACUCUUUGUCGAGCAAGGUGCAGUCAUGGACUCAAGAAUCGGACGUUUCCAUCUUCCAGCAGCAAGCAUGUCUGUUUUCGAUAUCUGCAGCGUUCUCGUUUUCACUGGCAUUUACCGCCAUAUCCUGAUUCCACUAGCCGGAAGGUUAAUCAGAAACCCCAAGGGCUUAUCUGAGCUUCAGAGAAUGGGAAUCGGACUCGUUAUUGGAAUGUUGGCAAUGAUCGCAGCCGGUCUCACAGAACUGGAAAGGCUCAAAAGGGCUGAACACCAUUCUAGCUCUCUAAGCAUAUUUUGGCAAAUACCUCAGUACACACUCGUUGGCGCUUCGGAGGUUUUCAUGUAUAUUGGGCAGUUGGAGUUCUUCAAUGGGCAAGCGCCAGAUGGGAUAAAGAGCUUUGGAAGCUCACUUUGCAUGGCGUCGAUUUCGCUGGGUAAUUAUGUCAGCAGCAUGCUUGUUAACAUGGUAAUGGGGAUUACAGCUACAGGUAAUAGCCCGGGUUGGAUCCCCGAGAACCUUAAUCACGGCCACAUGGAUCGAUUUUACUUCCUCAUCGCGGCAUUAACGGCUGCCGAUUUCGUGAUUUACGUUUAUUGUGCAAAAUGGUACAAGUGUGUCAAUGUUGAUGAAAACAAAGAUGGAGAAGCAGAGGUAGAACUGCUCAAUAAUGUGUAGUUGGACUCCCCAAGUCACUUUGGAAUAGCACCAGAGGUAGACUUUUUAUGUUGUUGAAUAAUAAGGUGGGCAUUUAUGUAUACUUUUUUGAAGGUUUUUUGAACAGGUGGUUUUCG